AUGGGUAAGGGGAGCGGGCCGAGAGGGCACGCUUGGUCCUUGGUCCCGGGCUGAGGGCUGCGGUCGGACGGGGUGGACUGGGAGCUGUGGAGGACGCUGCGUUCGCCAGUCGGAACAGGGGCCCCAGCCCGGCAUGGGCGGGGACUGCCUGGGACUCGGGGGCUCCCGGAGUCGUCAUGGCAACGCGCCCCCUCCCUCGUUCCGGCCCCUUCCCGUCUGGGUUCUGGGGCUUAGUGGCCAAGGACUGGAGGUCCUACGGCGUCCAGGAGCGAGGACAGGGCCGGGCGGGGUGUCAUUCCGGUGUCGGGGAGCGGUCGGGGAGGGGCGAUGACUUUUCAGGUUUGGGGGUGGCGGAGGGAAGACGCACCUCAGGUUUUGGCCUGGGUGCGUGACGCCGAGGGCGGGAGAGCAGGAGUGCCGAUGCGUAGGAGCCCGGCUACAAAAGACCCCACAGCUGUAGAGAGAGCAAACUUGUUAAACAUGGCUAAACUGAGUAUCAAAGGACUCAUUGAAUCUGCUCUGAGCUUUGGCCGCACUUUGGAUUCUGACUAUCCCCCCUUGCAGCAAUUCUUUGUUGUUAUGGAACAUUGUCUGAAGCAUGGUCUUAAAGUAAGAAAAUCAUUUUUGAGUUACAACAAAACCAUCUGGGGCCCUUUGGAACUGGUGGAGAAGCUGUACCCGGAAGCAGAAGAAAUAGGAGCCAGUGUCCGGGAUCUUCCUGGUCUGAAGACCCCUCUGGGUCGAGCAAGAGCGUGGCUUCGGUUAGCCCUCAUGCAAAAAAAAAUGGCUGAUUAUCUGCGUUGCUUAAUUAUUCAGAGGGAUCUUUUGAGUGAGUUUUAUGAGUAUCAUGCACUAAUGAUGGAAGAAGAAGGAGCAGUAAUUGUUGGGCUGCUGGUUGGCCUGAAUGUGAUCGAUGCUAAUCUUUGUGUGAAGGGAGAGGAUUUAGACUCACAAGUUGGAGUGAUUGAUUUUUCUAUGUAUUUAAAGAAUGAAGAAGAUAUUGGAAAUAAAGAAAGGAAUGUUCAAAUUGCUGCCAUAUUAGACCAAAAGAAUUAUGUUGAAGAAUUAAAUAGACAACUGAACAGCACAGUCAGCAGCCUCCAUUCACGAGUUGAUUCAUUAGAAAAGUCAAAUACUAAGCUGAUUGAAGAGUUAGCAAUAGCAAAGAAUAAUAUCAUUAAACUCCAAGAAGAAAAUCAUCAAUUACGAAGUGAAAAUAAAUUGAUUUUAAUGAAAACACAGCAGCACCUAGAGGUUACCAAAGUAGAUGUGGAAACUGAGCUUCAAACAUAUAAGCAUUCUCGUCAGGGGCUAGAUGAAAUGUAUAAUGAAGCCAGAAGGCAGCUUCGAGAUGAAUCUCAGUUACGACAGGAUGUGGAGAAUGAGCUCGCAGUACAAGUUAGUAUGAAGCAUGAGAUUGAACUUGCCAUGAAGUUGCUGGAGAAAGAUAUUCAUGAGAAACAAGAUACUCUGAUAGGUCUUCGACAACAACUAGAGGAAGUUAAAGCAAUUAACAUAGAGAUGUAUCAAAAGUUGCAGGGUUCUGAAGAUGGCUUGAAAGAAAAAAAUGAAAUAAUUGCCCGACUAGAAGAAAAAACCAAUAAAAUUACUGCAGCCAUGAGGCAGCUGGAACAAAGAUUGCAGCAAGCAGAGAAGGCGCAAAUGGAAGCUGAAGAUGAGGAUGAAAAAUAUCUACAAGAAUGUCUCAGUAAAUCUGACAGUCUGCAGAAACUAAUCUCCCAAAAGGAGAAACAGCUGGUGCAACUGGAAACUGACUUGAAGAUUGAGAAAGAAUGGAGGCAGACUUUGCAGGAAGAUCUUCAAAAGGAGAAAGAUGCCUUAUCUCAUCUUAGAAAUGAGACUCAACAAAUUAUUAGUCUUAAAAAAGAGUUCCUUAAUCUCCAGGAUGAAAAUCGGCAGUUGAAAAAAAUAUAUCAUGAACAAGAGCAGGCUCUUCAAGAACUCGGCAACAAACUUAGCGAAUCAAAACUUAAAAUUGAAGACAUAAAAGAAGCCAACAAAGCAUUGCAGGGACUGGUUUGGCUGAAAGACAAAGAAGCAACACAUUGUAAACUUUGUGAAAAGGAAUUCUCACUCUCUAAGAGAAAGCACCACUGUAGAAACUGUGGGGAAAUUUUCUGUAAUGCCUGCUCCGACAACGAACUACCUUUGCCUUCUUCACCAAAACCAGUACGGGUUUGUGAUUCCUGUCAUGCAUUGCUCAUUCAGAGAUGCUCAUCUAACUUGCCCUGAGACUCCUGAACUAAAUCCUUAUGUAUGAAAGUACCUACGAUGAGUGUUACGAUGUAUACAAGGUAACCAGACAGCUCUUCUUAAGCGGCUUUCAGUCAGUAUUUGUACCAGUUUUAUCUUCUACAUAUUCAACUCAUAGAAAUUGCAAGUUAUGUAUUUCUUUCUCCCUUGUUAUUCAAAAGAAUUUUCAACAGAGCAUGCUUAAAAAUCAUGUAACUCUUAACUUCAUUAAAAGGCCAGAUAGCAGAGCUAACACACAUUUGCCUUAUCUUUUAAAGGCCUUCUUAAAAAUAAGGCUUCAGAUUGUUGUUCUUCUGAAUUCUGUCAAUCUGGUAUUUGAUGGUGCCUGCAAUUCUCUUAAUGCACUUUAAAGCUUCACAGUUCUAAGACUGGAAAUGUGUAAAACUUUAAUAUUCAACAGAUUUUAAUUAUCUUUUUAAGAAUUCACCUAUAUUUAUUUGUCCCUCUUCCCCUGCACCCCCCACCUUUGCCUCUUUUGCAUUAGACAGGGCCAAUAUUUUGUCCUACAAAAUUUCCUGUUGGGUUUUUUCUAAAAUCAGUUAUUGUGCUUGAUGAUUUUCAGCUACAGUGGAUUAAAUUAAAAGGGGCAUUACUUGGUCUCAGCCUCGACUUUUUUCUUUCUCAUCUUGAAAGGAAGUUACUUACAUAUAACCGUCUUUUCUUUUACCCAAGUACAGAUCUUCCCAUAUGUUGUUUCAUAAAUUGCUAUUUUUUAAAGGGGUGACUCAGACCCUAAUUCAAAGAUGAAAACCCAAAUCCCUCCCCAGAAAAAAAUGUACAUACUAGGGGAUAUUACAGGCUCCUUGUAAAGAUCCUCUCUAACCAUUAAAAGUGAGAAAAAAAAUCAGAACUUUGCUCUGGUAAUGUAUUAAGAGUUCAGUUCAAAAAAUUUUCUAUGAACAUUUUCAUUUGAGUAAAUUGUAGGAAGCAUCAGAUUGUAGUGGCCUACCAGUAUACAUCCACAGUAAAAUUUCACCAUCUAUUGAGCACCUCUAUGCCAGGGUGUUGAGAUGAUGAAACAUACACUUGGAACUAUUUCAAGCGGACUCAAUGAAUGCUAAUCCAAGUUAUAUUGCUUAUGGCAUACCCAACAAUUUAACUUGUAUAAAAUGACCUCUGAAUAGUCACAUACACACUAUCACCAUUCAGUAUCCUAUUUUUUACAUUUUCAACCAUGCACUUUUGUUUGUGAGCCUAUAAGAUAUAGACAUUUUAUGCAUUGAGCAUUGUAUUUAGUGAUUAAUCCUAGGUACCUCCCUGCCCACAAGGAGUUGCUUAAUACUGCAGAUCUUUUCCUCAUGAAUAUAUACUUCCAUGAAAACUUUCUGAAUAGCCUAAGUAUGAAACCAGUACUUCACUUGAAGAUCUAUUUUCUUCAAAACCCAUAAAUUUUAUCAGCUGAGGUGUCAGAUCUCAUGGUCUUUCUUAAAUACUGAUAGAAAUGUCCUCAAGAUAGAAUUAUAUUCUUGAACCAUUUUUGUAUUGAUAGGUGGGAUGGGCAUUUUUAUGAUUACUGAAUAAGCAGCAUAAAUGAAAAUUUUCAAAUAGGUUUUUCUAUUACUGUGCUUAGGACAAACUUAAAAAUGACUUAAGUUGCCUACAUUCCAAGGCUCAUGUCAUUCCACACCGAUUUUUUAGUCACCCUUACCUUUAAAGUCUCUUCACUUUUUAACUUAUGUCACCACUGACUUGGGCUUUUUUUUUUAAGGCAGCUUUUAUGAUAGCAAAUUGCUACCAUGUCGUUUUAGCUUAUUUAAAAACUACACUAAUUUUGGAUUUUGUUAUAAAACUUUUAACAAUUUGUAUUUUGUGAUUGUAAACUCGUAUUCGUUUUACUUUUCAAAACAUUUAACAUACCAUUCCCUCACCUACUAGUACUACCACAAUAAUGCUAUCAUGGUGCCAAGGAAUUAUGAUUGUAAUUCUUCUAACCUAUAAUGUUUAAAAAAUAAAAUGUGUAUUUUAUGAACUAAAUAAAGAUUUGGAAAAUACUGUAUACUUUUAUUGCUUAAAUAUGUUAAAACGGUAAUCCUGGGAAAAUAAAACAUGCAACUUUCAAAAAAGACAGGUGGUGUAUGCCAUAAUAUUUAACUUGCUAAUUA